AUCAACCAUAACUUUCAUUCAAAGAGCUUUUCAAACAGAACUCACAUAUCUUUUCUCUUUCUUUCUCCACACUUUGCUUUCCAAUCUCAAGCUUUAACUCUCCCUGAAAAUGAUGAUAAACGCAAAGAAGCUUAUGAAGAUGGCUAAGAAAUGGCAACAAAGAGCAGCCCUCCACAGGAAAAGAAUCUCAUUUCAGAGAUCAAGUGUCUUUACUAGCAGCUCUUCUACUGUAGAAAAGGGUUGUUUCGUGGUUUACACGGCGGAUAAAAUCCGCUUUGCUUUUCCAAUAAGUUAUCUGAGCAACUCUGUUGUCCAGGAGCUAUUGAAAAUAUCUGAAGAAGAUUUCGGUCUCCCAACGGAAGGACCAAUCACAUUACCAUUCGAUUCGGCCUUUUUAGAGUAUCUCGUCAAACUGAUCCAAAGACGAAUGGAUGAAGAUACAGAAAAGGCUUUGUUAUUGUCAAUCUCAAGUGCUAGAUGCUCUUUUCAACCACAAGAACAACAAUGUAGUACUACGCAACAGUUGCUUGUAUUUUAGAGUUUAGCAAAUUUCUGUAAAGUUUAUAGUGGAUUAGAUAGACAGAUCAUUUCAGAAAUACAAA